UUUUUGCAGGCUGAGGUGGAAGAAACGCUGAAGCGAAUUCAGAGCCAAAAGGGCGUGCAAGGAAUAAUUGUGGUUAAUUCUGAAGGCAUUCCUAUCAAAAGCACCAUGGACAACUCCACGACGAUUCAGUAUGCGGGCCUGAUGCACAGCUUCAUCACAAAGGCAAGGAGCACUGUGCGGGACAUUGACCCCCAGAACGACCUCACAUUCCUGCGGAUCCGCUCCAAGAAAAAUGAAAUCAUGGUUGCACCAGAUAAAGACUACUUCCUGAUUGUCAUCCAGAAUCCAACUGAAUGAUUACAUUAACCUGGUCUCUUUUUUUUUUCCCUUUACCCAACUUUUUUAAUUUAAUAGCGAAGCGUAGAGCACUAGUAUUGUCUCUCUUGUGCCACUUUGAUAAUGUCUGGGAGAACAAAAGCAGGGUUUUUGUUACUUACAAAGAGAAAGUGGCCUUUUUCCCCAUGCCCCAAUGUGUCAUGGAAGUCAUUUUGAGGGAGAUUCUCUGAAUUAGAAUCAGGUGGUUUAGGCUCUUGAAAGCGUAUCAGAUACUUUUAAUAGUUAAUAUAAUAUUCUAAUAAUGUAAUAAUGUUUGGAAAGAGAUUAUUCCUUCUGUGUUCCUUGUCACUCCUGUUAUUGCUAUUUGAGAUACGCUUUUACACAAUUGCUUUUGAAUGACUGUAAACAUGAAACUUGCCUGUCUUCAUCUUCUCUCUUACUAUGUUGGUUUUACAAGUGUUUUUUUUUUUGAAGAAGAAGAAGAA